GGACACAAACACACUGAAAGAUUAUUUGUUUUUAAUUAACCUUAGUUGAAUGUAUUUGCAAUCAACUGUAGCCAGCUGUACUUUGUUCACAAAAGUGUGAACCAAAUGGCCCAUAUAAUUAGCAAUGAAUGGGCUCUCCAUGGGAGAGAUCCUAUCAAGUCACCAAAAGGUUACACUAUCGUUGGCUCUCCAUGGGGUGUUAUUGUAUUGUUUGUAGCACAUUUGUUAACAGGUAUAAAGGUCUGGUCUCACAGACAGUACCUUGGGUUAAGAUUGUAUGAAGGAUGACAUGAUAACAUCACUGCUGAAGAACUGCUACACUGCUACCUUCAAUAAAUUCUUCUCCCCACAAGAACUUUGAUCAAGCUUACUUAUUUUAUGUAUUAGAGAAAUCUAGUACAUUGGCGAGCCACCCAAACUACUGCUCAGCCAAAUACAGCAAAAUCUAACAAUUUGGCGGAGCCAGCCAGGAGAGACUGACAAGAAGAGAACUCACCAAUUGCAACAAGAAGUGAACAAAAGAGUUUUGGAAAUUCUACAGUUUUUGUGUUGAAGAUCAACAGACCGCAUCUGUGGACAUAAGUUAUUUGAAUCAACUUGAUCCUUUCUCAAAGAUUCUAAUUUGAGCACAUCUGCUGUACUGCCAUGGCUGAGUCUACACAAGUCAAAAAUAAGAACCCUGCAAAGAGGCCAACCACAGAAAAACAUGGAACAGAACCUCCAAAUGUAACCAUUGAUGAGAUGAUGGAUAACCUGUCUGAAUAUUUGGACAAAAGACUGGGACUGAGAAAGUGCCAUGAUGAUAUGUGCCAGAAAUAUGGAAUAAAACAAUCAAACAGUGGACUAUGGGACUUGCAGGACAUUAAAAAGGCUUAUGGAAAGACAAAUCGUCUAAGAGUAAAUACUAAGAGAGAUGGAUUAUCUGUGAUUUUAGGCAAACAAAUCCGACAACACUUGCAGAAGUGUGAAACUGACAAAUUACAACGAGAGAUCAAUGCAGAAAAGGCAAAAGUUCGAGCACUAGCUGAACAAUUGCAGGAUGAAAAAAAGGACAAAGAAAGACUGCUAAAUGAUAAUGACAAGUUGCUGAAUUUGCUUUCCAAAAGAGUGGAAUCAAAUGACUGUUCUGGGCUAAAGACUCAACCCAUAAAAUCUGUCAAAGAGGCACAUAAACAGUCUCUUUACCCAUUUAAAGAGCUCAAGAAGAUUGAGGAACAACAACAUUAUAAUCUGGUUGGAGAAAGUGACAGCAGUUCAACUGGGAGUCCUGAUGACAGUGAUGUUGAACUUGACACACACGCUCAUGUCACUAAGAAUAAGGUAAAGGUUAGACUUGCUCCUGUAAUUGUCAAGAACAAAAGGACUGAAAUUGAUGUUGAAAAUGAAGAGGAGUAUGAGGAGGAUGGUGAGAGACGAACCCGAAUUGUAAAAAAAACAGUUAAGAAAUAUGUUCCAUGUAAGACAUACCAGCCAGCCACACCAGAGCAAGUUGACAAGUGGUCAAAGGAAUUGCCAGAUGUCUACAAACAACCACGAAGAGUCUGGCAAGUUAUACAACGCCUCCAGAAAAUCUACACCUUGCAUCCAUUAGAUGGAGCAAUGAUAAUUAAUAUCAAUCUAAGGGACAAUGAUCAAAAAAGGUUGACAAAAAGUGUUGAAACCAAGGUAGGCGAGUCUCAGGAAAACACUGAGGCUGGAUGGGAAGCUGUACAAACCUUUUUGUUUGAACUGAAACCUGCAGAAGUUAAUUGGGCUAAAAUUACUUCCUGUUUGCAGAAAACAGGAGAGAGUGUUGUAGAAUAUGAAGAACGAUUCAGACAGAUUUGGUUGGAACAUGCUGGUUUAAAUGCCAAUGAGGAUCUGGACAAGGAUACUAACAUGCCUCUAAAAACUGCUUUUGUAAAUGGACUGAAACCUGAAAUUUCAAAAGCCCUAAAAAUCCGAUAUGAUGACUGGGAUGGCGUUGGAACAGCUUUCAAUCAGAUUGUUGAGUGGUCAGUAAAAAUUGAAAGGACAUAUGAGGUCAAACUCAGAGCUCUCCAAUCUAGACCCUCAACAUACAGUUACAAGAGCACAGAGAAUGAUCUUCAAGAAAAAGGAGGACGAAGAUACACACAGACAAAACCACAACGACAAGGAAGAUGUAAUUAUUGCAACAAAGAAGGACACUGGUUUCGUGAAUGCAAAAUAAGACUGAGAGAUGAAAAUAAAGAUGUGAAUGACUUGGACAAGAGAUUUCAGCAGCUUACACAAGAACAAAAACAAUCCCUCCUAAAUGCGGUUGAACCACAGGGAAACUAAAAUACCCCUCUCUGCAAUACCUCCUAGCGGCAGUUC